ACUUCUUGAAGUGGUGGAUGCUGCGACGGAAGGAUUCGCCAAGCUUCGGAUUCCGGAGCACGUACGGAGUAUGUACGGAGUACGCAAUACCCAACGAUGACAUGUCGCUUUUCUACAACCUGUCCGUCUCGAUGACAGCUGUACUGGUCCUAUACGGACGCGAAUCGCAGUUGAUGUGGUGGACGGAAUAUUGGGCCUCACCAGAGUACACCGAUCAUGCAUCUACGAAUCUGACAUGUGACGACUCUUUUGAUGGUCCCGAUUUCGUCACAACGAACAUUUCUCCCACCCUUCUCUGCCAACCUUUCCACCCCUUUUGGUAUCCUAGCCACCUUUCUCUCGCUGCGUAUUUUGUACAUGAUCACCUGGCUAAGGUACCGACCGGGCUAAUGACCCUGGUGACGUCCCCGUUGCAAACACCUACUUCGUCCAUCUGCAUGAUGACUGUGCCCGUAUGGUGUGCUGAGAACACCCAUGACCUGGUGGUUGGCAACAUGCAGGAAGCUGGAUGGGUUAGGUACGUCGGUUGGUCUGCUAUCACUUUCGGAAACCGUAACCGAGGUGUCGAGUCUGUGCGAGGGACCGACAGGAGAGCUAUCGAUGCGGAGGCGGCGCGAGAAAACAACGGUCGGAUCGUCCCUUUGGAUCAUCAAUUCUCUUAUUCUGUUCCCCCCUCGCCGGUUUUGAAGGCUCCGUUUGUCCACCUGCACUUCUAG